CGACGGUAUGGCUACUUCGUUCACGAAACUAAAUGGUUUUAGUUAGCGCUAAUUGCCCAUCCCACGUGGUCUCGCGGUCAAUCCCCCGCUCGCCCCGCAGGACGCCGCGCCUCCCCCGGUCGGCCCGCCUCCCCUCACUCGUCGCGCCGCGCCGCUCGCCUCUGAACUACCCUCGCCUCGCCAUCUGCUCGCCCGCUCCACGUUGCCCCGCCCGUAGCUGCCGCUCGCCCUCGCUGCCCACUCAGUGCCGCCCCCGCCCGCAUCGGUUGCUAGGCCCCGCAGCCGUUGCUCGCCCCCGCCUGCCGCCCGCUCAGCGCCACUCCCGCCUGCGCCGGUUGCUAGGUCCACAGCCGCCGCUCGCCCCCGCCUCGUCGCCCGGUCAGCGACGCCUAUUCCCGCACCCAUCGCCUCCCGCCGCUCGGCGUAGACGGUCGCCGGUCGCUUGGCCUGCCCCGAUAAGUAGGACAAGCGGCCGCCACGAGACGUCUUCUGCUGCAGACAGAGAAGUCGGCAAACAAACCGGACUUGAGGAGGCGAUGUCAAAGAGGUAUGUGGCCCUGAAUGUGCAGAGGAGGCCACACGCCGAACCAACCAUGGUGACAUCCCAGAACUGUGCCUCGACGGUCUCUGGACACUGCAAAAACCAUCGCCACCCCACCAGUAGGGUCACGACGAGGAUAAGAGAGGCUGAGCCACUACCGGAGCAGAACAACCCUGCUGGCGUUGCCGCUACGCGAUCAUUGCCCAGGGAUGCCCUCUGGCGAAGGCGAGGGGAGGAGAGUGAAGUUGCAGCUGGGGAGGGGUGCUCAUAGAAUCAGUACACAAGUGAUAUUAAAACAAGGCAACACAUAUCUCCUAAGAGGUGCUUCCAUGUUUCAAGCAUUUUAUAUCCGCCGACCUGUCACAAGGAUGAGG